AUGGGCACGACCUUUUCCCCCAAGACCCCCCACGACCCUGAGGAGGCUGACCCACUCAAGCUUACACUGUCUCUGCUCUCACCAUCCUGUGCCACCACUCUACCACACCACACCACACCGCACCACAGAAUGGGCACGGCCUUUUCCCCCAAGAGUCCCCACGACUCCGAGACUGAAUCGCUGCAAGUGCAUCAUGAUCACGACAAUGCCCCGUCACAAGGCAAGCUGGGCACGCUCACAGGGGUGUACAUCCCGUGUGUGCAGAACAUCCUGGGAAUCAUCUUCUACAUCCGCCUCUCCUGGAUAGAGGGCAUAGCAGGGGUGAGCGGGAGCCUGAUGGUCGUGGCAGUCACAUGCGCCACUGUCUACGAAUUGCUCACUGCUGUCUCCUCUCCCUAUACCCUCUACCAUCUGACCUCUGCCCUCUGUCCUGUGUCCUGUGCCCUCUCCGGUGUGCCCUGUGCCCUCUCCGGUGUGCCCUGUGCCCUCUCCGGUGUGCCCUGUGCCCUCUCCGGUGUGCCCUGUGCAUGGCAUGGCAGGAUAGUGGGCAUAGCAGGGGUGAGCGGGAGCCUGAUGGUCGUGGCAGUCACAUGUGCCAGCACGUUCAUCACUGCCCUCUCCCUCUCUGCUGUCGUCACCAACGGUGCCAUGAAGCACGUUCAUCACAUGUGUUAG